CUUAAAAUAACAGUAUUAAAAUAGGAAUUAACUUUUUUCCAACACUUAGCAAAUUUUUUUUUUUCAACGGUGGUAUGGACCUUCUUAGUCCCUAUCUGGUAGUGGGCAAUACUUUCUCAUUUUAAAGGAGGUAGAUAAUAAAAUAGAGAAAAAACGAAGUUAGAUGACUCUGGCUUACAUACUAAGAGGAGCUGCAACUCCAACUCCCAUCUUCUACCCUUUUCUGAAAUCCAUCCCAAACAGUUUUUACUGUCAUAACUACUUUCUACAACCAAUUUACGCGCCAUUUUCUCACCUCUUCAAUCCAAACCUUAUAGUCUUUCUUCAUCGUUGUCAUCUAGACUCAACUGUGGAGUUAGAGACCAAUUCUGGUAUGAUAAUGAUUCUCCCACCAGCACUGCUGCUGCUUACGACAUCCUCGGUGUCGAACCCCACUGCUCUGCUGCCCAACUCAAGGCUGCUUUCAGAGCUAAAGUGAAGGAAUUUCACCCUGAUGUGAGGAGCAAUCAACACAGUUCUGAUUUGAUGAUUCGCCGUGUGAUUCAAGCAUAUGAGAUUCUCUCAAAUAUCAGCAGGUCAGAUAUAAUUGAAAGUGAAUGUUUAGAUCCUUUUGACAAUCCAGAAUGUGAAGCAUUCAAUAUUUUUGUCAAUGAAGUUGUGUGUGCUGGCAAAGGAUGCCCAUAUUCAUGUGUCAAACAGGCCCCUCAUGCCUUUUCCUUUUCUUCACUGGGAACUGCCCGUGCAACUUAUCAAGGCACAGGAUAUGGUGAAGAUUACAGAGUCCAGAUAGCUGUGGGUCAGUGCCCUAGAAAUUGCAUUCACUAUGUUACACCUUCACAGAGAAUCAUACUAGAGGAACUUCUUGAUUGGUAAUCCACAUUUGAUGUUUGUAUGUUUCUUGCUAUAUUCCAUUCUCCUUGCACAUGUUAUGACGCAUAAAACAUAUUUCAAAGUGAACAGAUUUCUCAUUGAGCAAAUCCAGUAAAUAGUUUCGCAAUAUACUACACUCGCAAGAACAAAUAAUACAAGAAUUAAGGAAGACAAUUGUUGGAUUGGUUGUAAUAAAAGUGGCCAAAAGGUUAACAAGUCAUAAAUAAUGGCUUUAGGCCUAAACACUCCAAGUUUUUCCAAUAUAAUUUUCUGAAUAAUUCUCUA